ACGAGUGCUAACGCAUACACAUCGCCAAUUUGGGCAUUUUCUCGCAUGUAAAUUGCAAAUUGUGCUUGGAUUUUUCGCGUUUUCCCGCGCACACAAUCCUUUGGCAGCCGUGAAAUUAAUGCGCCCAAUAAUCAAAGAGCAGUAGGCAUGGACGAAGAUUAUUCGGCGUCAUCUUCGGCCGGCGGUGGCAAGAAGGCCGGCAAGCAGCACAACACGCUGCCCUUUUGGGGCAACGAGUCCUCGAUGAACCUGAAUGCCCUGAUCCUGGCCAACAUCCAGAGCUCCAGCUACUUCAAAGUCCAUUUGUUUAAACUGAAAACCUACCAUGAAGUGGUCGACGAGAUCUACUACCAGGUGAAGCAUAUGGAGCCCUGGGAGCGCGGAUCCCGCAAAACGUCCGGACAGACGGGCAUGUGCGGCGGUGUGCGAGGCGUUGGCGCCGGCGGCAUUGUGUCCACGGCAUAUUGCCUGCUCUACAAGCUAUACACGCUGCGGCUGACCCGGAAGCAGAUCAACGGACUGCUCAAUCACACAGACUCGGCCUACAUCCGGGCACUAGGCUUUAUGUACUUGCGAUACACGCAGCCGCCGAGUGACCUGUACGACUGGUAUGAGGACUAUUUGCAGGACGAGGAGGAGAUCGACGUGAAAGCGGGCGGCGGCCAGGUCUUAACCAUCGGACAGAUGGUUUAUCAGUUUAUGACCAAGCUGGACUGGUUCUCCACGCUCUUUCCGCGCAUCCCCGUGCCGAUUCAAAAGCAGAUCGAGAAGAGGAUCGAGCAAUACUGUAGGGAGCAGGGGGUGACCGUUCAUCAGUUGAGCACGGGUCGGUCGACUGCGGGUCAGGGCACUGGAGCCGCUGCCCAGGAUGCGGACUACCAGGAGUAUCCGGAGGGUGGCGUAGAGCGUGGAAGCGGCGGACGUGGCGGUGGACAAGCUGGCUCCCGUUCCAACGCCUACCCACAAGCGAAUAACUAUCGCAACGAUUAUGACGAGCGUGACUACUAUGCUGCCGCGUCUGGCUCGUCCUACGGCCGUGGUCGCGGUGGCUACGAGGACUACCCACCGGCGCCGCUGCCACCACAGAUGCCUUACGGCGAGCGCGAAAGGGAGAGGGAUCGCGAGCGGGAUAAGAAUAAGGAUUACGACCGCCACCGCAGCAAGCACAAGAAGAAGCACAACCAUAGACAAAGCUCGCGUAGCCGCAGCAGAAGCCGCAGCCGGAGUCGCCACCGCUCCGAGCGCCAUGAGCGCAAGCGUGACGGUGGUGGCUACGAGCGCAGCAGCAAGAGCCGGCACAACGAACACUAUGAAGAGCGGGAGCGACGUCAUCGGUGAAGACCGAAUCCACCCACCAAAACAAGCCUCCUCCUUCUUAAGUUGUUCUGUUACUAACUAACUUUGUUUCACUAUAGUACUACUACACUUUUUUUUAUUUGUCAAGCCCUAUCUACACUUUGGAAGCCGCGAGCGUCAGUUGCGCUUCUUACUCAGGUUAAACACUCUCCGAAACCCCGAAACGUCCCAUAACUAACACUAAAUCUAGACACAAUCACAUGCGGACACAGCAGCAAGGCUAUAUUUUGUAAUUUGUGACUACACUUACGCUGAUAAAAUAGUUUCCAAGUUGUGUUUAUGAAAAUAAAGUCAGAAAUUAUUUGUUUAAAA